CCAGCUGCGAAAUCGCACUGAGGCCCGCAAGUAUCCGCAGGUUGCAGAUCGCAUCUUCCGUUGCGAGAGGAAAGUUAGACCUUUCGCAUGCUUCAGAAUUGAGCUUGAGCCUCGUCGAUUGACUUUCUUGCUACUGUCGUAGUCCUGCGCGGAGUCUUGCGCCGCAGCCCAGUACACCCUCGACUGCACAUUAUUUCCAAGCUCGCACUAUCAUGACAAGAUGACUUCUCCCCGCACCUCUCCUCUACGCCGGCUGACCCAGCUCUCCUCCCACCUCUCGGAAUCAUCCCGCGCCUACUCUUCCUCCUCGUCGAGCCCAAUCAAUCAUGCCGCCUACUGCGCGACCCUCAAUCCUCCGUCAAUCUCCUCCCCCGUUGACCUGAAAGCCCUUCGCGCCUCUCUCCUCGCCCGCCCCGAAGUCCUGACGCCUGACUACCUCUCCCCGAUGCCCUCGCUACUCCUCAACGCCUCGCUCGCUGACCACCUCCCCGCAUCUGCCCUCCCGGCGAGCCCGAUCCAGAAGAACAGCAGCGCCGACCCGCCCGCCGCGCCGCUGGCCGAGGCGUACCACCUGAUCCAUUUUCCGUUGCAGCUGCAACCCUCCCUCCUCGUCGCGGAUGGCACGGAUCCGUACUGCCUGCCCGGCGCCCCGUUCGAGCGGCGCAUGUGGGCCGGCGGCCAGAUCACCUGGCAUGAGCCCCUGUAUACCCGGGGACAGAAGGCGGCCUGCCUGGAGAAGAUCACGGAUGUGAAGGUGAAGGGCAGGGAGGGCGAGGAGAAGAUCUUCGUGGACGUGCAGCGGCGCUACGGAAACGGUGACACCUUUGCCGAGGGCGCCGAGGCGAUAACGGAAAGCCGGACGCUGGUGUUCAUGAAGCACAAGAGUCCCGAAGAGGUGCGGGCCGAGUUGGAGAGGGGAGCCAGGAACGUGCGAUCACCCAUGAAACCAACCUUCAAGCACACCUUCACGCCGAAUCCCACGCUGCUGUUCAACUACAGCGCCCUGACGUACAACGCGCACCAGAUCCACCUCAACCCGCAAUACUGUCGUGAAAUAGAAGGACACCGAGACCUGCUGGUCCACGGGCCCUUGUCUCUCACCCUGAUGCUGAGCGUGGUGCGCUCGCAGCUGAACGCGCAUGAGAGAAUACGUAGCAUCGACUAUCGUAACCUCGCUCCGUUGUACGUGAACGAGCCACUGUCGAUUUGUGUGAGACCACAGGCCAGCAAGGGCGAAGACGAGGGGAGAUGGGACGUCUGGGUCGAGAACAACCAGGGCGGGUUGAGCGUCAAGGGCACUGUUACCGUUGGUCCCUUAUAGAAAAAGUGCCGUAGCCGAUUUGCAGUGGGAAGCAAUGUGUUGUAACAAAUGAUACCCACAUGGAGAUGUAUCGAAACAAAACUCAAAUUUAGCGAAAAGAAGAGCAAACCAGACGUGGGGAAUAGUGCCGUAGUUGAAGCAGGUCAUUACGACAAAGAGAUGAGCAAGACGAAGGGGGGUUGUCAUGACCAUGAAAACGCGCAUGGGUAACAUCGGCUUGUCAAUAGGGGAGAUCAUGGCAUGGCUCUUAACAUCUUCGCUUUUUAGAUUCCAGAUAUUCAUGAUAUCAACG